CAAACAUCGACAUUUGAAUAAACAAUAGCUAAGAAAUCAACACAUCUGAUCAUACGGAACAUAUCUUAGCAGCCGUCAGUAAAAUCUCAACCGACGAUGGAAGACAUCGACGCGAUUGAAGAUGUGGAGGGAGAUCCGCAUGAAGAUGAAGAGCAACUCAAGUACCGGAUAGAUACAGCUUUCAGCUACGUCAAAACCAGGAAUUGCUUUGGCAGGCCGACCUCACACUUCAAAGCCAUCGGCCCGGUCAGUGUUUUGGAAAAGAAGCCGGACAUGGCUCUGAAACAGUCCUUCUUAAAAAGGUAUCCUGUGCCACGGUCAUGUCAGACCGACUUCGGUUACUCCAUACACGAUCUUUUGACUUUUAAAAUAAAUUAUUUCGAAGCUACAAUUGGACCAAAAUCAAAAGAUGAUUUCGAUACAGAAUCUGCUACAAGAAUGAGAAAAAAAAUGAUGAAAGAGGAAACAUUGCUCCAAAAUAUGCCAGCAAUUCAAAGAAAAGCUGAAAGAUGCUGCAUGCAGAGCUCUGCCAUCAACAUUUAUGAAAACUACUUCGAACCACCGACUUGGGAUGAACCAGAAGAAUAUGCCGUUAUAGAGCUGAGGAAAAUUGACAAAUACGAAGACUUCAUCGAUGCUCCUCCCCGACCGGUCCAAAGCAUUGCGAUUGAGCCUUUUGAUGGCUUGGAAAUGGCAGCAGCUUACAGUUACCUCACCUACAGGAAGAGGGACUUCAUUACAGAUUGUCAAUGUUAUAUUUGGAACUUCGAGGAUACAACCAAACCUCUAAUGACACUGGAACCAACAGUCCCCGUAACCAGAUUAAAUUACAAUCCAAAGUUACCGCAGAUGCUGCUUGGUGGAUUAAUGACAGGGCAGCUCUGUUACUGGGAUUUAAGAGCUAGUACUACUCCAGCUGCAUUUUCUGGCCUCCAUACCACUUUCCGAGAGCCUCCAUCCGGUGCUUUAUGGGUACAUUCAAAAACAGGAUUUGAUUGCUUUGCCACUUCUCCAGAUGGACAAGUGAUUUGGUAUGAUGUUAGAUAUUUUGAUAAACCCAUUGAAUCAUUAAUAUUGGAUUUUCAUGCGAAGGACCAAGCUCCAAGUUUGGCUAAUACAGUUGGUGUUUCAACACUAGAAUUUGAACCAACUAUACCAACAAGGUUCAUGCUUGGUCUUGAAACAGGAAAUGUAUUGAUAGGAAACAGAAAAGGAAAAACAUUACAGGAAAAAUUUUCUCAACCAUAUUAUGCAUUUCCUGCUCCAGUCAAAUCAUUAGUGCGGAAUCCAAGCAAUUUGAAGUGCUUCCUUUGUGUCGGUGGUUACCAGUUUAAGAUAUUUGCAGAAGAUUGUAAAGAAUCUUACAUCUUUUGGUCACAGUCACAUAACUGUUGGCUAACAGCAGGAACUUGGUCACCAACAAAGCACUCAGUGUUUUAUAUUACAAGAAAGGAUGGAUAUUUUGAUGUUUGGGAUCUCCUACAAAAUGUUGAGAAACCAGUUUUAAGUGAAGAACUCUCAACGAAACCAUUGAGGUGUUGUCAAGUUCACGAAUCAGGUAAACAUAUAGCAGCUGCAGGAGAUGAUGGCACAAUUACACUGGUAGAGGUAUCAUCCCACUUCUAUGCACAAGAUAAAAAUGAAAGAAGUUUAAUUGCAGCAAUGUUAGAAAGAGAAUCAAAGCGUGAAAAACUGAUUGAUGCAAGAAACAGAGAAGUUAAACUUCAACAAAGACAGAGAGAGCAGCUAGAAUCAAUGAUUGUGACUGAAACACCAGAUGAAAAAUUGAAACAAAGAGCUAGAGAAGCUUUUAUUAAGUCAUUAAAUGCUUAUGAUGCAAAGAAGCAUAAACAAGACCAUGAAGGAGAGGAAAUGGAGAAUUAAGUAAAAGUGGAAAAAUAUAUUGUGAAAUAAUACAUAUUUUUUUUAAAAACUUUU